GCGGCGUCGGCCGCAGCCAACGAGCGGAGCGAAGAGGCGGGCGGCAGGUGCUGGCCGCGGGGUGCUGCGCUCUGCUCGCCGCCCCCCUUCCGCUCUGCCCCCCGCGCCGGGCCGCUCGGCGCUCCGCUGACGGGCAGCCCGGGGCCGCCGCCGCUGAGGGGGACCGACGGCGGGCUCAGGCGCUGCCACCAUACUAGAAAUAUGGGGUCGGAGCAGAACCCUGGCUGUAAGAUCAUGACCUUUCGUCCCACCCUUGAGGAGUUUCGGGACUUUGGCAAGUACAUCGCUUACAUGGAAUCGCAAGGAGCUCACCGAGCAGGGCUUGCCAAGGUGAUUCCUCCCAAGGAAUGGAAGCCCCGAAAAACCUAUGACGACAUAGAUGACAUGGUUAUCCCAGCUCCCAUUCAGCAGGUGGUUACUGGACAGUCGGGAUUAUUCACCCAGUAUAAUAUACAGAAGAAACCCAUGACUGUGGGAGAAUACCGGCGGCUGGCUAACAGUGAGAAGUAUUGUACUCCACGCCAUCAAGAUUUUGAAGACUUGGAACGCAAGUACUGGAAGAAUCUCACAUUUGUCUCGCCAAUUUAUGGGGCUGAUAUCAGUGGCUCGCUAUAUGAUGCAGAUGUGGAAGAAUGGAAUAUUGGCAAUCUGAACACCCUCUUAGACAUGGUGGAACAUGAGUGUGGCAUUAUCAUAGAAGGCGUAAACACUCCCUACCUCUACUUUGGGAUGUGGAAGACAACAUUUGCCUGGCACACAGAGGACAUGGAUCUCUACAGUAUCAACUACUUGCAUUUUGGGGAGCCAAAGUCCUGGUAUGCCAUACCUCCGGAACACGGCAAGAGGCUGGAACGCCUGGCCAAAGGAUUUUUUCCAGGAAGCUCUCAGGGAUGUGAUGCUUUCCUCCGUCACAAGAUGACCCUCAUUUCACCCUCGAUCUUGAAGAAGUACGGCAUUCCUUUUGACCGGAUCACCCAAGAAGCUGGAGAGUUCAUGAUUACGUUUCCUUACGGUUACCACGCUGGCUUCAAUCAUGGCUUCAACUGUGCUGAGUCGACCAACUUCGCCACUUUGCGAUGGAUUGACUAUGGAAAAAUGGCAACGCAGUGUACUUGCCGCAAGGACAUGGUGAAGAUUUCCAUGGAUGUCUUUGUGAGGGUUCUGCAACCAGAACGUUACGAUUUAUGGAAACAAGGAAAAGACAUUACUGUCCUGGACCAUAUGAAACCUACAGCCCUGACUAGUCCAGAACUAGAUGCCUGGAAUGAGACAAAGGCAGAGUUGAAGGCUAAAUUGCUUCGCAGGAUAGGAGAUGAGGAAGAGGACAACAAACACCGGUCUCACAGAAAAAGGAGUCAGCCCAGAAGACAUAAAACAGAGGAUCAGAAGUCUCUCGGGGAUGUCAUGGCUAUCGAAACUGCCUUGGAAGACGUGAAAGUAAAAGAGGAGCUGAAAAGAGGCCCAGAUCUGGAGGAAGAGGAGAGAAGCAAAGUGAUUGAGGGAGAAGGUGACUGCAAAGUGAAGGCCCGUCCUCCGAAAGUCAAAGGCGAGAGGAAGAAAAAGCACCUCUUCCAUCAACACCAGCACCACCUGCAGGCACCUCAGCCCCCUCUGCCGCAGCAGCAGCCACCCCUGCCACCGCCGCCCCAGCAGCAGCCGGCAGAGGACGAGGCACCAGCGGCACGGCCACCGGUACCCCCAGCAGGACCCACAUCGUCCACGGCAGAAAAGAGCUUGCCCCCAGCUCCCCUGAACAUUGUCCAGCCCUCGGAGGCGCCAGUGGAGGAAGAUGACUUUAAACCCCGGCCCAUCAUUCCCAUGCUUUACGUGGUUCCACGGACCAAAAAGGUGGUGUUUGACAAGGAGCGCAUGUCCUGCCAGCAGGCGUUUGAGCAGUUUGCCACGCAGAAGAGUCCAAGCUGGCAGGAGGAGACGGUCCCUGUGGAAGUCUCUGUGAAGGAGGAGGAGAAUGCAGAAGCAGAAAAUACAGAGGUCGCUGCAGAGGUCAGUGAUUUACAGACUGCUUCUGCUUUUUCAAAAAUGAAGAUGGAGAUAAAAAAGAGUCGUCGUCAUCCACUGGGCAAACCACCAACGCGCUCCCCGUUGUCAGUGGUUAAACAGGAGACCUCGAGCGAUGAGGAAACAUUUCCAUUUUCUGGGGAGGAAGAUAUGAGUGACCCAGAGGCUUUGAAAUCUUUACUUUCCCUCCAGUGGAAGAAUAAAGCACAUAAUUUCCCAGCUGAAAGAAAAUUCAAUGCAGCUGCUGCCCUGAGUGAGCCAUACUGUGCUGUCUGCACCCUCUUCUACCCCUACAACCAGUCUUUACAGAUGGAUAAAGAAGCUGCCCCAGUCUCUGCAGGGGAGACCACCUCUUUCGUCCACCUUUCAAAGUGCGGACAAAAGACCAAGCCUCUGAUCCCGGAGAUGUGCUUUACCUCAAGUGGAGAAAACACAGAGCCCCUUCCUUCAAAUUCAUAUAUUGGAGAGGAUGGAACCAGUCCCUUGAUAUCCUGUGCCAAAUGCUGUCUGCAGGUUCAUGCCAGCUGUUACGGAAUACGUCCAGAUUUGGUGAAUGAAAGUUGGUCUUGCUCACGGUGCUCAGCCAACGCGUGGGCAGCGGAAUGUUGCCUCUGUAAUCUCAGGGGAGGAGCUCUUCAGAUGACCGCUGAUGGGCGGUGGAUCCAUAUAAUCUGUGCUAUUGCUGUGCCCGAGGCCCGUUUUCUCAAUGUAAUAGAGCGUCAUCCUGUGGAUAUCAGCGCUAUUCCGGAGCAGAGAUGGAAACUGAAAUGCGUGUACUGUCGGAAGCGGAUGAAGAAGGUGUCCGGUGCCUGCAUCCAGUGCUCCUACGAGCACUGCUCCACCUCCUUCCACGUCACCUGCGCGCACGCAGCUGGUGUCCCCAUGGAGCCGGACGACUGGCCCUAUGUCGUGUCCAUCACUUGCUUCAAACACAAAGCAGCUAACCAGAAUAUUCCAUUUCGAAGGGAGGUGACCCUUGGGCAGACUGUGAUCACAAAGAACCGGAAUGGACUCUACUACAGGUGUAAAGUCAUUGGCAUGACAACACAGACUUUCUACGAAGUCAACUUUGACGAUGGUUCAUACAGCGACAAUGUUUACCCAGAAAGCAUUAUUAGCAGAGACUGCAUCCAGAUGGGACCCCCUCCAGAGGGCGAGUUGGUGCAACUGCAGUGGACAGACGGAAUCGUCUACAAGGCCAAGUUUAUUGCAGCCCAGAUCAGUCAGAUUUACCAGGUCGAGUUUGAAGAUGGUUCCCAACUGAUGGUAAAGCGUGGUGAUAUUUAUACCUUGGAGGAAGAGCUUCCCAAGAGAGUGAAGUCUCGCCUGUCCCUCAGCACUGGGGCCCCUCAGGAAGAUGUAUUUUCGGGAGAUGAAGUGAGAGCAGCCAAGCGCCCCCGGCUGGGGAAUUCAAGAAAUCCUGAAGAAUACGGACAAAACCCAGAUUACUUGGCCUUUAUGGAGAGCCUGUUGCAGACACAGUACCAGCCGGGAACUCAGAGCAACAUGUUUUAACCAGGAUUAAUAAAAACAAAAUUAAAUUAACCCUUUUCAAGCCUGUGGAAAAAACAACCAGGAAACUGUGGAAUGGAAGACCAUCCUUGUGCAAUAGCCUGCUGUGAAUUCUUUUUGUCUACUCGUGGUUGGAACUGCAAGAGAAUCCUGUCUGGCUGCACGCUACCUCUACUUUGCCAGGCGUUGCUGACCGAUAGAGUAGGGAGCUUGAAAAACCUUUAGACAGCGUUUCACACGGAGACUUCGGAAGAGUUUGUACUAACAGUGUUUUGUGAACGGCUCCUUUUUGUGAGGCUUGGAAAGGGUUAACAUUUGACAAAAUGACUUUUUAAAGUAUGUCAAACUCUUUUGUCUUUAAAGGUGCUAUUACAUUGACUACUGAAGCAGCCUUUGGAAUUGUGUUUUCUGUACAUAGACAUCACCUUUGUGAAGUUUUCUAUAAAUGAGCAUUAUUAAAAAAAAAAGCAAACAAAAAUAGGAAAACAAAAGUUUCCACAACACAUUUUUCUAGAUUAUGGCUUUAAACCAGAAAAUAAGCAAAAUCCUCCCCCCUCGCCCCCAGAUGAAAUGUAACUGGUAUUACAGCGGGGAGUGAGAGAACAAGAGCAGAUGUCCUGGAAAGUUCUGGGUUCUUUUUUUGUAAAGAAACACUAUCUUCUUUGUAAGCUGGGGAAGAUGGGGAAAGAAAUGUUUCGUAGCUGGGAUGUUUCUUACCGUUAGUUCUCUUACAGACACGUGAUAGAUGCGCGCGUUUCUGCCAUGUCACCUGGAAGGGACUUAGGGAAGAAACGGCCAGGUUUUGGUCGUUCUUGUCAUCUUCCUUCCCCAUCUUUGCCAUCACAGGUGCUUUCUAGUUAAAAAUCAGCAUGGCUUUCAGUUACAAUAUCCCACUCGGUUUUGGUAAGUCUUCUGUUGCCGCUUCUUGUGUUAGUUCUUUAUGAGCCGUCCCCCUUCCCCACUGCAGCCCGGAGCGUGGAGGGAUUGCUCCGGCUCUCUGGUAGGCAUGUCUCCCAUAGGAACCUUUUUCUUUCUUUGUCUCCUUUUUAUUUUUUUUUUAAUUUUUUUUUUGAGUUGUGCUCUUUACAGUUGUGAGAAUCAUUCCAUGACAGAAGCCUGGGAGGUGUUUGUAUGUUUUUCUUUUAUCUUAUUAAAGAAGAAAUUCCCCAACCA